GCGCGCCCCGCCGUUCGGUUCCCAGCUGCGUUCUCGGCCGCUUCCCUCUUCCCUCCCAGCCUCCGGGCCUCCGCACUGACGCGGCCCGGGCGGGAGCCGAGCCGGAGCCGGAGCCGCAGAGACGCGGAAACAUGGAGGCCUGAGCCUCUGCCACUCGCUCGUCCGUGAGCUGGAAGCGGAUCUCCCUGCCGGCUGAGACAGGUUGUCUUGUGGAAAUGAAGGUUUAAGGACAAGUUGUCUACCAGAUUAGAAGAUGGGAUCAAACAGCAGCAGGAUUGGUGAUCUUCCUAAAAAUGAGUACUUAAAAAAGUUAUCAGGCACCGAAUCUGUCUCUGAGAAUGACCCGUUCUGGAAUCAGCUUCUCUCAUUUUCUUUCCCUGCACCAACCAGCAGUACUGAUUUAAAGCUCUUGGAGGAGGCAACUAUUUCAGUCUGCAGGUCUUUAGUUGAAAACAAUCCUCGAACUGGAAACCUUGGUGCAUUGAUUAAAGUCUUCCUUUCUAGAACCAAAGAACUAAAACUUUCAGCAGAAUGUCGGAAUCACAUCUUCAUUUGGCAGACAAACAAUGCUUUGUUUAUUAUUUGCCAUUUGUUGAAAGUGUUCAUCUGUGAGAUGUCAGAAGAGGAAUUACAACUUCAUUUUACUUAUGAAGAAAAAUCUGGCAGUUACAGUUCUGACUCAGAAGAUCUUUUGGAAGAAUUAGUCUGCUGUUUGAUGCAGUUAAUCACUGAUAUUCCACUCAUAGACAUUACAUAUGAAAUAUCAGUAGAAGCUAUAUCAACAAUGGUUGUUUUCCUUUCCUGUCAACUAUAUCACAAAGAAGUUUUGCGGCAGAGCAUUAGUCACAAGUAUUUGAUGCGAGGUCGAAGUCUUCCAUACACCAGCAAACUUGUGAAAACUUUAUUGUAUAACUUCGUCAGACAGGAAAAGCCACCUCCCCCAGGCGCCCAUGUUUUCUCUCAGCAGUCAGAUGGGGGAGGACUGCUGUAUGGACUUGCAUCAGGCGUAGCAACUGGACUCUGGACUGUGUUCACCCUGGGCGGCGUGGGCAGCAAAGCGGCCAGCACACCGGCACUGGCUUCCCCGCUGGCCAACCAGAGUCUCCUGCUCCUGCUGGUGCUGGCCAACCUGACAGAUGCUGCAGAUGCACCAAACCCCUACAGACAGGCCAUUAUGUCCUUCAAGAAUACACAAGAUAACAGUCCUUUCCCCUCGUCAAUUCCACAUGCUUUCCAGAUUAAUUUUAACAGUUUGUACACGACUCUCUGUGAGCAGCAGACGUCUGAUCAGGCAACUCUCCUAUUGUAUACAUUGCUCCAUCAGAAUAGUAAUAUUAGGACGUACAUGUUGGCUCGCACGGAUAUGGAAAAUCUUGUUUUACCAAUUCUUGAGAUUCUGUAUCAUGUUGAAGAAAGAAACUCACACCACGUGUAUAUGGCGCUUAUAAUAUUGUUGAUCCUCACAGAAGAUGAUGGCUUCAAUAGAUCCAUUCACGAAGUGAUAUUAAAAAAUAUUACUUGGUAUUCAGAACGGGUUUUAACAGAAAUUUCCCUGGGGAGUCUCCUAAUACUGGUCGUAAUAAGAACCAUUCAGUACAACAUGACAAGGACAAGAGACAAGUACCUUCACACAAAUUGUUUGGCAGCUUUAGCAAAUAUGUCAGCCCAGUUCCGUUCUCUCCAUCAGUAUGCUGCCCAGAGGAUCAUCAGUUUGUUUUCCUUGCUGUCUAAAAAACACAACAAAGUUCUGGAACAAGCUACACAGUCCUUGAGAGGUUCGCUAAGUUCCAAUGAUGUUCCUCUACCAGAUUAUGCACAAGACCUAAAUGUCAUCGAGGAAGUGAUUCGAAUGAUGUUAGAGAUCAUCAAUUCCUGCCUGACAACUUCUCUUCACCACAACCCGAACUUGGUGUAUGCACUGCUUUACAAACGAGAUCUCUUUGAGCAAUUCCGAACUCAUCCUUCAUUUCAAGAUAUAAUGCAAAAUAUUGAUCUGGUGAUCACCUUCUUCAGCUCCAGGUUGCUACAGGCUGGAGCUGAGCUCUCGGUGGAACGGGUCCUGGAAAUCAUCAAGCAAGGAAUUGUUGCUCUGCCCAAAGACAGGCUGAAGAAGUUUCCGGAACUGAAAUUUAAGUACGUGGAAGAGGAGCAGCCGGAGGAGUUCUUCAUCCCCUACGUCUGGUCCCUGGUGUACAGCUCGGCCGCCGGCCUGUACUGGAGCCCGCAGGACAUCCAGCUGUUCACGAUGGACUCCGACUGAGCAGCCCGCCCGCCCCUCCGCCAGGCGCCUUCUGGUUUCUUCUUUCUGGCGAACGGACCUGGGAGACGGCCGCUGUGUCUCCGCUAGAGCAUCGGGAACAGGCGUGUUUCCCUCGCACACUCGGAAGUGGAGCACCGGUGCCCGUUGGCAGAUCACUCGGCUUCGGUUAUAGUACAAAACGGGGGAGGGGUCCACAACAAUAAUAAAUACCAAACCUGCUGUCCCA